AUGAGCUGCGCUCUCAUCUCCAACCUCGCCACUCCCGACUUGUUGAUGAAGGGAGAGUACGAUCUAGCUAGCAAACCUCAACCCGAAGGGCACGGAGCCAGUAGUACUGGUGCAGGUGCUGGGCACGAGCCAACGUCUACUGGUCUUGCCAACCUCCUCUCGACUGCUGCUCCAGCGGUCCAGGCAGGCUCACAAGUGCCUUCGGCAUCACCCUCAAUCACCUCGGCGUCCCUCCACACAUCGACGCCAGUGUCUUCCUCCAUGUCUGUUGCCUCGGCUCCUCCAGGCACUGCUGCCUCCACCGCGUCCUCAUCCUACACCAUGAACGGCGACAGCAAGUCCAUGCUCGCCACUGGCACCCCGAUUCUUGGCCACAGCGGCAGCACGUUCAGCGGUGGUGCGAAUGGUGUCAACGCGUCGGGAACGAGUUCACCAAUCAAGACACCCCAGCCAAGAUGGGUGGGCGCACCGAAUGUGCACUCGCACUCCUCCUCGAUGGGCACGGCCGAGUCUCUCGACCUCCCGACCUCGAAAUUCCAGUACGGCAGCACCAUGCUCCCUGGGAUACCACAGCAGCCUUUGUUCGACUACUCGCAUCUUCCACAGCAGCAGCCCCAGAGUCAAGUACAUCGACCGUGGGACACGACCAUGGCCACUGGCCCGCUGCACGGAAGCCAUGCACAGCAGGCGUCGCCGGGGAUGCCUGGGCGUCCUGGUGGGGGCCUGGGUGGGCCGAGUGCAAGUGGGGCCGGCGGAGCAUUACGUGCGUUCGGGACGACGAGCGAUUUCUUCACUCCACGGGGUCUUGACCCGAGUUCGGGUAUGCUCGGAGGGGCGCCUGGGGUGAUGCCUGGUGUGCCAGGCGCCGGACCGUCGACCAUGGCUGGUGCCACCUCGUCAUCGUUACUGCACCCGCUGCCCCAGCAGAUGGCCCAGGUCGAUCCCUACUGCUACCCAGCGCUGCAGCAGCCUCUUCCCCCACCUGUCCGGAUGCCAAAGAAGGGAAAGAAUCACAAGAAAGCGGACGGCAAACAGCCCACGUUCCUGACAAAGCUGUAUGAUUUAUUGGACCGACAAGAGUAUCAUCACAUUAUUCGAUGGGACGACACCGGCGAAAUGAUCAUCAUCGAGCGGCCCGACGAGCUUGCCGAGAAGAUUCUGCCCAUGGUCUAUCGCCAGAGCCGAUUCGCCAGUUUCUCUCGGCAGCUGAACAUUUACGGAUGGAUGCGCAAGGUCAGCCUUCGCCACGUCGAGAGUGGCAUCCAUGACCCCGACGCGAGCACCUGGUCCCACCCGUUCCUGCGUCGUAGCAGCACCAAAGAGGACAUCCUCGGCUUCAAACGGCGCGUGCCGCCUCGACCGUCUCAGGCGCAGAAGAACGCGCAGAGGAUAGCUGCCGAGAUGAACUCGAGCGACAGCGACUCGUUCGUCGGUCCACCCUCCGCGGUGGACCCGUACGCUGGUCUGCUGGGCGGGCUCGACGAGAACAAGCCCGUGUUCCAGUUCGGCCACGGGCCAGAGAACAUUAAACUGCCCAAGUACAUCCCUACUCGUGCUCCCUUCGAGACCAUCACGCGAACAAACUUUGGCCCCGAGCCCACACCAGCGACACAGGGUCCACCACUGCCUGAAGCGUACCCGCUCGCGUUCGCCAUCGACCGCAAGGACAGCAGUAGCUCACGGAGGUACUCUAUGCCGACGAGCCUGUCACGCUCAGGUAUCCCCGAAGGCCGCCCGAUUCUGAAAGACCUCAAGGACAUUUCGAUGACGAACAGCUUUGCUCCCUCCAGCGCGCCAGCGACAGCGGGGACGUUCUCGAUGCACAGCGUCUCGUCCUUUGGCCCCGCAAGCCGGGCAGGCAGCGACGCCUCGGUCGGAUCCGUCGCAAGUUUCGCCAGCACGACCUUCAGCCCAAACGCGUCCAUGGCCAACCUCGGCAUCGAGGACCAGUACGCCAUCGAGGAGGAUGAUUUCCUGCGCGGCUCGGCGGAGCAGCCGCAAUACCGGGUUGACGACGUGAGCUCGUGGUCGCGCCGCGGCAUGGGCUUGCUCGGACAAGGUAUGCGUCCCUCACCGCCGAUGCAGUUCUACGGCUUCGUCGACCCGAAGAUGACCAACAACGUUGGCCCCGUCAACUUCGGCGCCGGCUCUGUCCCCGGCAUGCUACCCACGAGCAUGCAGAUGCCAGGCGGGGUGCAGGGCACAAUUAACCCGUCGACGGGGAACAUGAUGGGCCCAAGCGUGCCCAUGUCGAUCAACGUCGGCGUGAUGGGGGAGAAGGGCCAGCCAGCCACGCCGCCCAGCACCGUCUCGCCCGGCGUGUACCAGAAGGGCUUCAACCUGCCCUGGUCGUCGCCGAAGGAAGGGGUGGUGACCGGCGGCGUCGGCGUCGCGGGCGUCGGCCGCUCAUCCCCCGCCCUCUCGAGCAAGAAGGAGCGCCGCCAGUCCCUCACCUCGCCGUACUCGACCAACAGCCCGCCAAGGGGCCACACGGGCGUCGUCCGCGGCGUCGGCGGGAACAAUAAGCGCGACUCGCUGCCUAACAUCCCCAUCGGCUCUGUGCCGGGGCUCGGGCAGUCGCCCGCACAGCAGCAUGUCCAGCCCGGGGCUGGUCAGGCUGGCCAGGCGGGACAACAGCCGGCAACCGGGCACACCGGCGCCGGGCACAGUGCGGGCCACAGCGCAGGACACAGCGGAGCGACGACGGACGACGAGGGCCUGCCGAGCGCGAGUCUCGACCGCCCGCCCCUGUUCCAGGGCCAGCUCGAGAUGGACGCGGCAUCCGCGCACACCAAGGAGAUCGGCGCGACCGAGUGA